CGCCCACGGUCACACUGUCCAUUGACAAUAUUAGCGUUCCAAAAAAAAAACAACAACAAAACACUGCUUGUUUCCACGGCUAUCGAGCUUAAACACAAAAUAGCACGUGUCCGCGGCCACCGGGGACACAAAAUAUGUCCAACGGGCGCUACGGAAGAUUCGGAGCACUCAUCGGCGUCGCCUGCGUGAGCAGCACCCACUGCCGGUUUCUGAUUUACUCAACCAAAAAUGCGGAGGUUCUGGCCUACCAUGAGCUCAAGCUGCGCCAGAUUGUCCACCAGUCGGGAUGGAUGGAGUACGAUCCAUCGGAGAUAUGGAAGAACACGCAGGAGUGCAUUGAGGUCGCCUACAAGAACCUGGUGAUACUGGAAAUCAACCCGCAUGAUAUCAUCGCAAUGGGAAUCGUAAAUCAGAGGGGCACAUCGGUGCUGUGGAACAAGCAGACGGGUCAGCCCCUGCACAAUGCCAUCGGCUGGUCCGAUUGCAGGAGCACCCCGAUCCUGAAGAACCUGCUCCACAAUGUCCGGCACAAUGUGGACUACGUGCGGUACCGUAGUGGUCUGCCCCUGAGCAGCUGCUUUAGUGCUCUGAAGAUUCGCUGGCUGAUGGAUCACAUUCCAUCUGUCGCCACUGCCAUUGAAGAGAACAAGGUCCUUUUUGGCACCCUUGACUCCUGGCUGCUGUGGAACCUCACUGGCGGCGUGGAAACGGGUGUGCACUCCACGGACCUCACCAAUGCCCACUACACCUCCCUUAUGAACUUAUCCACGCAACAGUGGGAUCCCAAGCUCUGCCAGUUUUAUAAGCUGCCCAUGAACAUACUGCCCCGUAUACGUUCCAAUUCCGAGAUAUUCGGAUAUGUGCUGGAGGGUCCUUUGCUGGGCAUCCCCAUUGCGGGCAUGAUGGGAGAGCAGCCCGCCAGUUUGCUGGGACAGCUGUGCGUGAAAGCCGGACAGAAUGUGUGCACCCUGGACGACAGUUGCUUCGUGCUGCUGAACACGGCCAAGGAGAAAUUGGACUCGGCCAACGGACUGAUCACGGGCAUAGCGCACAAGCUGGGCGAGAAGGAGGCAACCAACUACACGCUCGAGGGAGCCAUCUCCAAUGCUGGAUCCACGGUGACCUGGUUGCGGGAGAAGCUGCAGAUCAACACUGAGAUUAAUUCCAACGACAAUGUGGUGGAGUCCCUGAACACAUUCAUAGGCGAGAACUCGAUGAUCUCCUCCUCCUGUUCGUCGUCCAUGCUAAAUGCCGAGUGUGGACUGGCGGCCAAGCGGUCGGAGAUCACGUUUGUGCCGGCCUUUCAUGGCAUGUAUGCUCCCUAUUGGCGACACGAUGCCAGGGGCAUUAUUUUGGGACUCACCAGCCAGACCUCGGCGGAGAACAUUACACAAGCGGCGUACGAGGCGACUGGCUUCCAGAUCUUUGAAGUUCUACAGGCCUUCAAGCGGGACACGCCCAACUGGGACCGCUCCUGCAUGCAGCCUGUGCUCACGUUUGGCGGCGAUUACGCCGAAAACUCGCAUUUGGUGCAGUUCAUCGCGGACAUUAUUGGCUACAUGCUGGAGCGGCCACAGACCACUUCGCCUGCAGGUUUGGGCGUUAUGAUAGCCGCGGGCGUGACGAUGAAAGUGGUGUCCCUGCAGUACGCCGUGAAAAUGUACGCCCCGCCCACGGAUGUCUUUUCGCCCACCACAACAAAAAAUCGUCGAGAGCUGCUCUACAGGCGCUGGGAUUAUGCGGUGAAGAGGUGUCUGCACUGGAACAACUACGAAACCUACGAGGCCGAUGUCGAGCUGUUUGCCCAAAGAGAACUUGAUCCCAAUUUACCCGUUCGACGUUCUAUACCCGGUAGUUUGUUCCUGACCUCGUCGUUUGCCCUAAUACUACUGGCCAACUAUCUGAAGAACAAUCCCCUGAAUUAGUAUCAGUCGAGUUAGGGAACAGGCGCAGUUCAAUCUAGUCAACUGAACACGUUUAACUGUGUGCAUUAAAAUUUAUUGUUUAGUUUAGCAUGUAAUCUUAUAUAGUUGCUUUGAUAUGUAUAUACAAUCCCUUUAGUUUUUUUCGCCCGAGUUGUAGAUCAAAAUAUUUGUGAUUCACCUAUAUACACCACUAUAGAUAUACAUUUUUUUCUUAAGAUCAUUGUGUUCUGCCUUUGUUGAACAUUCACUUUAAGCUGUGCGUAUUUAUUUCAAAACCCAAAGACAAUGGUUAAAGCUGUUAAGAGAUGAGCACAAAAAGUCCACAUCCUGAAUGCGUUGUAGAAAGUUAAUCUGAGUAAACCAGGAGAACGUGAAAGCAAA